AUGCACGCCAACGGAGACAUGUCAGCCAAAGUUGCAACCACAGAUGUGUGCAUCAUUGGCGGCGGGCCAACUGGCCUCUUCACUGGCCUUUUGCUCCACCGCCUUGGCGUUUCUGUCUGCAUCAUAGAUGGAAAGCCCAGCACUCUUGAGCUGGGAAGAGCUGAUGCACUCAAUGCGCGAACUCAGCAGUACCUAGAAGUAGCCAAGCUCCUGGAUGAGCUCCUACCCAUCGGUCUGAAAUGCAACACCAGCUCUACUUUUGCAGAUGGAGAGUUCAAGUCGCGCCAGAACACAUGGUGGGUUGGCCUUGAGAACACGCUGCACAAGAAUUUCCUCAUGGUUGGGCAGCCAGUCGUGGAAAAGGUCAUUGCCAGCAAGCUCGGCGAGGGCCUCGUGCGUUUCGGGGAGCAAGUCGUGUCCGUGACCGAGGACGACGAGGGCGUUGAAACCGUGACGGACUCCGGUUUCAGGGUUCGCAGCAAGUACGCCGUGGGCUCUGACGGCGCAAGGUCCAUGGUUCGCCAGGCAAUCGGAGCCACGUUUACUGGUACAAAGCCUGAAAUGCUGUGGGCGGUGUUGGAUACCUUUAUCGACACCGACUUUCCUCUCUGCCCAGAGAUCAUCACCUUUCAGCUGAAUGGACAGUCUCGCGUCUCGUGGAUUCCCAGAGAGCGCGGCAUGUGCCGAUUUUACGUGCUCCUGGACGGAGAGGUGACGCAGGCACGAGCUGAAGAGUCGAUUAAAGAGCACAUGGCUCCCCAUAGGGUCGAGUUCAAGAAGACUGAGUGGUACAGCACCUUUGACGUCAAGGAGAGAAUUGCGUCAACCUUUAUCUCCAAGGAUGGGUCCGGCCGUAUCAUUCUAGCAGGUGAUGCGGCCCACGUUCACUCGGUGAACGGCGGCCAGGGGCUCAACACGGGCAUGUCGGAUGCCUUCAAUCUUGCUUGGCGUCUGGCACAGGUCGUAAAGAACCAGAACCUUCAGCCAGGGGCCGCGCAGAAAAUCAUUGGGAGCUACGAUACCGAGAGGAGAAGCACGGCGCGAGAUGUCAUCGACGUUGCCGCGGCUCUGGUCAGAGACACCGUCCACACCGCCAAGCAGUAUGUUGGUACUAUUGAGAAGAAUGCAGGGUACAUCACUGUAACCUAUCGCGAGUCUGGCUCCCCUCUGGUGCAGGCCUCAGAGCACGGCAUCUGGAAGGCAGGCAACAGAUGCCCCGAUAUGAUCCUGAAUAAGGCGGAUGGGGCUGAGACUAGGCUCUACACAGAAACAACGUACGGCAAGUAUUUGGUUUUGCACAUUGGCGGAGCGCCAGCCCCCGACUUUGGUUUCAGCGACAUUGUAACCCACUACACGAUUCGCCCUGCGUCAGAGUCGGCAGCUGGGGGUGACGACUCAAACAGGACUUACACGGCAGACUGGGCAUCCAAGGACGAUGCGUUUGUGGUUGUAGUCCGACCAGACAUGUACCUUGGCUUUGUGGGUGGAAGUUCAGAUGAGGCCAAGGCAUAUCUCAAGGAGCUAUACCUGUAA